CAUAUUUAUAAAGUGUCACACGUAAUCAAACCCGAGCAUGGAUUUGAUGUGUUACAUCUUUGAGGUGUACUCUCACCAAAUAGACAUUUUUUAUAUCCCUUUACGUUCAUUGAUGAUCUAAUUAAUUAUUAAAUUUAUAGUCUAGUUAUCUGUGAUAUAAACAAAUAGAUCUACUCCAGGAUGAGCAAUCAUUGGAAUAAUAAUCCAUCUGCAUUGCCAAAUCAAGUUGGCAAUGUAAAACUUUUUGACCCAACUCAGUUUCAACCACAAGCUUCUAAUUUUGAAGGAGCUCAGGAAACGAAGGGCACUGAACAUUACCAGCAUUCUGCUCAAACUGAUGCUUACACAUCAUGGAACAGCUGGAGUAGUUGGGAUUGGAAUACUGGUAGUAGUCAACAACAUCAGUCGCAACAAGCUCAUCCUGUGUCCCAGUACCAGUCCAUGUCUGGUGAUAGUGGAGGUGGUCAGUAUUACAACAGUCCACAGUACAGUAAUGUUUGGAGCCCUGCUCUAGAGGGAGCCACUAACUACUCAGAGCAGCAGGUUUUUCCUGCCAGUAGUUCUUACAGUGAUCAUGGACAGAAGCAGCAGUACGAGGGUAUAGAGUUCAACCAGAGCCACUACCUACAGCAACAGCAGGUACAGCAACCUCACCAACAGGAGCAGCAAGGGCAGCAGACUCAGCAACCCCAUCAGGAGAUUCAGCAGUCUCAUCUGCAAGUUCAGCAACCUCAUCAGCAGGUUCAGCAACCUCACCAGCAGGCUCAGCACUCUCACCAGCAGGUUCAGCAGCCUCACCAACAGGUUCAGCAGCCUCACCAACAGGUUCAGCAGUCUUACCAGCAGGUUCAGCAGUCUCACCAGCAGGUUCAGCAGUCUCACCAGCAGGUUCAGCAUACUCAAGAUCCCAACUAUUUACAUGGUCAGUUUUAUGACCAGCAGCCAACAGCACAAGAACAACAUACAUUACAGAAUCUGCCUGUGCAGCAUAACCAUGAUCAACCACCGCAUCUCACCUACCAUAACCAGGAACAUCAAGCACAGUCUUAUUCUUUCUAUGCUACACAAAAUGCUUGGGAAAGCGCAGCCCCUAGUGGUCAGUGGGAAGAUGGCUUUCAGACACAGCAGUUGGCACCAGUGGGCCACACUGAAGCUGAUAAUGGAGAAGAGGGAAGUUUAAACCAGCCAGAUAAUGCUAGAGUGUCUGCUGAAAUUACUUCCUAUGAUAAGCCUGUUGCUACAGCACCUGUCAUUGUUAAUAGCUACACAAAUGAUGAUGAUGGUACAGUCACUGGUUCGUUUGGAAAUGAAGAGGAUGGCAAUGUCUAUCUGGACAGGCAGGCGCGUAUCAACACAGAUCAGAAUCAUGAUAAUGAAAUAGCAUCUAAUUUUAACAAACUAUUGAGUGUUAAUCCAGCCUUUCAUAGAACUAGCUCUGAUAUCAGCAAUGCAAGUCUAUCAACACUCAAUGUCUCUGGAGCAGAUGAUGAUGAUGCCAAAGAGGCCCUUCACCAGGUUGAAGAGGUGGUCAAAAGAAUGGAAGGAAUUGAAUUGUCAAACAAUGAGAACAUUAAAGAACUGUUAGACCAAAGGGGAAAUGAUGGGUUAGCUUUAAAUCAGCUUCCACGAGACACUGGCUACAAUCCAGGGCAUAUGCAACAAACAUCAGACUAUCCUUACUUUUUCAGCGCUCCUCCCCCUUCAUUACCACUAAACACAGAUGCUAGACCUUCCUCUCCAGAUGGUGAUCAUCCGAGCUCUGCUGAAUCUGGAGCAUCCGGCACGUCAGGUGGGUCUUCUGGGCUUACAGACUGGGAAAUUGUUCCUCAGUCGGCAGCAAAAGCAUCAAGCCGAAACAUGUCCCCUGACAGCACUACAGAGUUUGCUUCUAGCCAGCCUGAUGGCAACAGUAAUUCAAAUAGAAAAACUGGUCAAGAUUAUUUACCACGGGCCACUGGUAAAAUAGAUGCACAGGCCUACAGUGAUUCUAUGCAGACUUAUACAAACCAAGAAUUACCAUCUGGACCUGAUCAUGCUCAGGGAGAUAGACAGCCUGAAAAUGUGCCUUUGGCACCUGUGGCAACAAGUUCUGCCACCAUGGUGGGUCCUCCUCCCGGUUCAGGUUUAAAUGUUAAUCCAUUCAGAAGAGAUGGACGGAAAAGUCCUCAACAGCAAGAACAACAAAAUGUUAGCAAACCUUCAGCCAUAUUGACACCAUCGCACAUACCCACAACUUCAGCUGUACUGGCAGGUAAUAUAGCCCUUGAUAAGAACUCUGCCAAUGCUUCCUCACAUUCUCCAUUUGACUCACAGAAAGGAAGAGAUAUUUCAGCACUUCCUUCCAAGCCCAAAAUACCCACUUCUACAGAAGAUGGAAACAGAGUUAGUCGUCGAGAGUAUGAGCAAAGCUUUAAACCCCCCAUAGAUUCACAGCCAUCACCACUAAAACAGCAUGCUAGAAAAAGCUCCCAGGAAUCUGAAGAGGUUGCCAGGGCUAAUGAACACAGACGCCACCAUUCCGCUUUUCACCCAGUCAAUCGCCCACGCCAGACAACCAUGUCUCCAGCUACAACAUUGUGGGAUACUCAUGUUGCGCCUCAGCCCAAUAUACUUUUGGCCCCAGCAAUGCCGCUAAUCAUCCCUGGUCUCAGCACAGCUCCAACAAGCAACACAAAGUCUGAACACACAGCUUCACCUGACAAGUCAAGAUUAAGAGAUCUCAAUGUUUCAUCUGAGUCACAAGGCAGAGAUAAUGUGGCUAGGGAAGAAAGAGACAAAAGUAGAGAUAGCAGAUCAAGAGAUGAAAAGAACCGAUCCUUUGACUCUUUAGAUGAGAUAGAUGCAGUUAUAGACAGAUCAAGGGACAGAAGUUAUCGCAGUCAAAAGGAUUCAAAAGAUUCUCGAGAUGCUCGCUACAGUAGAGAUGCAGGUUACAGCAAGGACUCUGACUUUAGUAGAGGAGACCGCCCAUUGAGCCGUAGUGGUCAGUACCAAUAUGAGCGUCCUUACAGCAGGACUGAUGGAUAUGGUAGAGAUGAUGCGACUAAAUAUCGGUCAAGCUACAGAGAUUAUGGAGAUGGCCCAUAUGAUGAAAGAUAUGACAGACCUCGUUCCAGACAAGAUGAAUCAAGAAGUAGUCGACCCUCUUCCAGAGCAACCCAGGAGGCAGACAGGUCAAGGCAGGAUUAUGACAGAGACAGGGAAUAUUACAAAGAAAGAAGUAGAGUAGGUUAUGGAAGUGGCUAUGGAUAUGAAAGCUAUAAUAGAAAUGUGGACUACUACAAUGAAGAAAGGGACAGAUGGUACCGUUAUUAUAAAGACAAAGAAGCAAGAUAUACAAGGGGUUAUUAUGAAGAAUAUUAUGGAGCCAAGCAUGCUGAGUACUAUCAGCAACUACAGCAGCAGCAACAAUCAAAACUUGGGAAUACCAGCCGCCAAGAGGCAGACCGACCAAGCAGUCGCAGCCAGUCUAGAGGAAACACACCAGGUGUAUCGGCAUCUCCUGGUCCAGGCACUGGCCCUUCUCCCGCUCCCAGGAUUACACCUUCGCCUGGUCCAGAUUAUUAUGGUCGCAGCUCAAGGCCUGCAAGUCGAACUGACUAUAACCAAGAUUAUUACAGGGCAUAUGGCUAUCCAGGCUAUGAUCCUUACUAUGAGGUGGGAUAUGGAUACGAUCCAUACUCUUACCGCUAUGGAUAUCCUGGUUAUGAGGAGGCACUAAAUCAAGGAUAUGACCAGGGCAGACUGACGCCACCAAAAUAUUCUUACCCUCACACUAGGGCCUCCUUUGGUCCCAAUGGUCAGUUGGUGAAAGUCCAUCCAAACCGACCUGCUGAUGGUCAGCCUGCCAUUGUGGAAGUGCAGGACAUUCAGAUACUUUUGGAAAGCUGCCCUGAAGCUGAAGAGUUUAAGCACUACCCUGGACCCUUGACCAGGACCAACACCCAUAAGAAAGAUGUCCUUUUGUUUUGCCAACAGAAAGCUGCUUCAUGUGCUGAGAAUGUCAGCUUGCUUGACAGAGAAUCUGCCCAGUUGCUUUGGAGAUUUUUGGAAUUAUUAAUUAAACAAAAUGGGUUGGUGGUAGGUACAGACUUGUCUGAUCUUUUGCUUGAAGGCCACGAGCCAAUGACACAUGAGUACAGUCUGCAGGGGAUGAAGGUUUCCCAGACUCAGGAUGGCAUGGAGGAAGAUGAGGACAACAACAGCAGUGCUAGAGACUCUCCUGCUAUAAAAGUCACAUCGGACAGGACUGUCAUUAUGACAGCUGAAGUGGAGAGGGAGCGUUGGAUUGACAGGUUCAGGCAUCUCUUGCUGUAUGGCAGAAAAAAAGAUGCCUUGGAGUGUGCUAUGAAAAAUCACCUAUGGGGCCAUGCUUUAUUCUUAGCCAGUAAGAUGGACACAAGAACUCAUGCUAAUGUCAUGACCAGAUUUGCCAAUAGUGCCAUGCGUAUCAAUGAUCCACUACAGACAUUGUAUCAACUCAUGUCAGGAAGACAGCCUGCAGCAGUCACAUGUGUGGUUGAUGAAAGGUGGGGUGACUGGCGGCCACAUUUAGCUAUGAUUUUAUCCAAUCAGACUUCAAGGAGUGAUAUAGAUCGUAAGAGUAUUUCAACACUAGGUGACACUUUGGCCUCUAGAGGAUUUCUCCAUGCCAGUCACUUCUGUUACUUGAUGGCUCAGGUCUCUUUUGGAACUUUCAACAAGAAGACUUCCAAGCUGGUUCUUAUUGGUUCUAGUCACAAUUUAUCCAUGGAGGAGUUUGCCACCAAUGAAGCCAUACAGUGUACAGAAGUAUUUGAGUAUGCACAAAUGUUGGGGAAUGCUGGAUUCUUUCUGCCACAUUUUCAGUUGUAUAAAUACCUUUAUGCUUGUCGUCUUGUGGACUAUGGUAUGUCCUCUGAAGCCUUACACUACCUAGAGGUAAUAUCCACCAACAUUCAACAGUACCCCACCAUGUUCCAACCUUCUUUUGUUCAACUUGUUUAUCAGUUGGCCAACAGAUUAAAAUUUUCAGACCCACAGCGCCUGCAGCUAAGUGAAGAUGCUGAGGAUCCAAUUUGGCUUCAACAGCUGAAUAAAAUAUGCUCAGCUUUUGCUGAUGGGUCCCUGCAGCCCAUAUCAGGGACAGCUACUCCAGCAGGUUUCCCAGGGACCACGACCAGCAGUGAGAGUGGGGACUACAACCAGCAGGGCUAUGGAGACACAAGUAUCCAGCAAGCAGCCAGUGCUGUGUCUGGAGAUGUGUACACACAACAGCAGUUCUAUCCUGGUCAGUCAGGCAAUGACAGUUAUCAGGUCAUUCCAAGUGCUAGUGAAAGUGGAACUACCAUCCAGGGUUACAGUCAGCCUGUUGUGGAUCCCUCUCAUUUACAGGAGGGAGAUAAUGCCUUCGUCCACCCUCAGUUGUAUGGUCAGCAGACAUUUGAUUACACCCAUUGGCAACUGCAACAGCAGCAACAAGGUUAUUCCUACAGCGGUUAUGCAGAACAGCAGCAGCAACUGCAACAGCUACCAUACACUGAGCACAAACCUGAGGAGCAGUCCACAGUACAGCACCAGCUGUCUACAGGUGAGAGCUAUCAUGCCACACAUGGGGAAGUCACCCAGAGAGAAACACUUCAAGACUCUGCCAGAUUGGCUGAUAGCAAUAUAAUUCAUGGUGGCACUACUGGAGCUGCAGGGAACCCUAUAAGCCAAACAGUCACACAUAACAGUUAUGGCAACCAACAGCAACCAACCCCUAGGGCCAGCUUUAGUGCCAGUGAGGCCACAGAAGAAGAUGAGGAGGAUGAUGAUGAUGAAUCCCUGACUAACAGCAACACUAUGGGAUUUGAUUAUUUUGGCAAUGUUGGGCAACAGAAGGUAGUGGCUCCACCACAUAGAUACAGAACACUGUCCAGCAGUUCUGCUGGAAGCACAGCUAGGAGGAGGAGAACUACAUCUGGGAGUAGCACAGGCAGUGUGAAGGCUGCACCUUACAAGUCUACACCCCAGCAGCAGCAACAGAGCUCUGGGAAACCUUUGGAUAAGCAGAAAAGCUCAGCACCACAAAGUGGCAAUGGCUGGUUUGGUGGACUCUUUAGUAAACUUGGGCGUAAAGGAAAAAAUGAAAUGAUCCUACCUGAUGAUAAAAACCCAGCUAUUGUUUGGGAUCCUGUUAAAAAGAAAUGGAUGAAUGCUGACGGUACAGAAGAGGAAGAAAGUACAGCACCUCCCCCACCCAAAGACUUAGAUCUCUUAGGUAAAGCUGUUCCAUCUGGUGUGCCUCCACCCUCAGGGCUUUCUGCAGGAAACAGGUUCUCUUUAAAAUCUAUAGGUUCAAAGCCCCAGUAUGUAGAUGUAAAUAAUCCUAAACCUCAACCAGUACCUCAGAAUUUAUUCAACACAAUGCCACCAAGUGCAAACAAUCCUGCAGCACCCCCACAAGUGUUUCUACCUGGUGCAGCUCCUCCAUCUAACAAUAACAACAGUAAUAUGUUGAGUGUACCUCCAGGCACAGAUGAGCUGUCACGGUCUAGUUCAGUGAGCUCAUUAUCUCAAGAAAUUCAGCAAUAUUUCUCCGAGAACUCAACUGAUGCUCCCCCAUCAGCCCCUGGACCCAAUAUAAUGCCUGUCUUGUUCAAUCCAGCCACUUUAAAAAGUGGAACGUCGGGGGUCCAGACGGCGGCAGGACCUGGCCUCAAGUUUGGACAACGCCGAGCCUAUCCCAAGUGAUCGUCACUCCCCAGGCCCUCAUUUAUUUAAACUAAGCCACCUUAAAUUUUAUUGAAACUUGUAGAGUUGUUCGUCUCUUUGAAGAUUUGAAAUGAUUUUCGACGAACAUUGUGUUCCAUACCUUGUAAACUUGUAGAUUUGUUCAUAUGGAUCUCUAGAGCAUUAUCUUUGACUGAUCACUGAAUGAAAUUGUGGAGCACUGUGCUGGGACCUAAUCAAUGUGGCUGCUUUAAGUUAUUAAUAAACUUUUGUAUAUUGUAAAGUUAAUAUCUAAAUCUGGCCUUAAUGAAUCUAUGGCAUGCUCUAAGCUGACAAAGUGGAGGCCCUGAUAUGUGUUAUAUAAUGUAUUUGGUCUUUUUGCUUGUGUCUGUGUUGAACAAGAAAACAGCGUUGGGGACCUAUCUAAUCCUUUCACUUUCAGCUUGCAUUGACUUUAUUUGAAAGUUGUCUUGUAGAUUAUGACAGUGGUUUUGCAACUGAGGAUUAUAACUUCCAGAGUUACUCUUUGCCUUUAAUGUAAGGGAAAAUAACCGGAACCACUAAUUCCAGUUUUCUUGAUGCUACUUUUAUGUUUUGUUUUGUACAUUAUUGUUUUGUUUCACUCUUGCUGUAGAUUUUUGUUUUUAAUGUUAAUUAUAUAACUUUCCUAUUUCUUGUUUAAGCCUUUGUAUUUAUUUUGUUUAAUUAGGUACAAGGGCGCACAUUUAAAGAAAAAUACUUUCCAAUAUUAUUUUAUAGGGGUUAAGGGAUAUGUUAGCAUUGACCUUUUUUUUGGUUAUGGUAUAACUACUGGACAAAACUAAAUGUUUAUUUCAAGAAUGAGACUCAAUACAACAUUGACAAUAACUUGAGCUCAUUCAGUAGUGUGUUGUUAAGUUUAGAAAUCAGCCUUUUGUUGACUUGAUUCCUUACUUAGGAAAAAGUAGAAUAGAAAUGGUUGGAUUGUUAGGUUUUGUAACUGGAAUCAAAAGUUGCUCCAAGUAGUUGGUAGGAAAAUGUAAGUGAAUAAAAAAACUAUUAAUCAUUAGAAAAACUAACUUUUUCAUUUCUUGAGUCAUCGUUCAAGGUAUCAAGUGACUUACCGGUACAACCAACUUGUUUUCAUUCUAAAUGCAAUCAAUGCAGACCUUCUGGCACUGUGUUGUUUUAUUUCCAGACUGUACACUCAAAGAGCUCUCAUACUCUCUUGUAUUAUAAUCAGUAAUUCCUCAUUUUUCAAACUCGUGUUAGAAAUUUCAAAAGUUUGAAGAAAUUAGCAUUAUUGUCCCCUCAAUUUUUUCAUUAAUAUAAUUAUUUAUUAAUAUUUUAAAUUCAUUUUAAAACUCUUGUGAUAUUUGUAAUCAGACAUGAUAGAGAAUAGUAUAAGUGUUAAUUAUUAUUAUUCCUUAUUUUUUGUUUCAAUACUGAAAUUUUUUGACUAAAGGUGCACAUGUAGGCUAAAAUUAUUAGUUGUUGUUUUUUACUGCAGACUUAGCCUUGUAGACUUUAAGUAAUUGACUUGUAGACACCAAUAUUUGUUCUUUGGAACUGGGUUUAAAAUAAUUCAUGGUUUAGAUGUUGAAUAACAUAUGCUGCCCUGAGCCUGUCUCAUUACAAGUCAUACAGAAGUGACCUUGUAUGCCUCACUAAGUCAUCAUUAAUGGAAAGAGUUUCUUUUAUUAUAUAUGCUUAUUGCUAUCUCACUUUAUCAGACUUUUUUUUCUUUUGGCAUUCUACCAGUGGAAAAACUUGCGAUGUUUUGAUUCUGAAUCAUCCUCUGUUGUCUACAAUGUAGUCAUUAAAUGUGUGUUUGUGUUAGUUUUAUCAUGACAGGCUUGUACUUGUGUAAGAACACAAAUGGUGGCCAAGUGAUGCAUUGCUCCACGACUGAAUUGUGAAGCCAGAAAAAAGAUGGGAAAUUGAAACUGGACAUCUCCGAGUACCAUGGAUAAACUGUCCUUUCAUGGUCCCGGGUUCAAACUCUGCCAGCCGCCAUCAUCCUGUGGGAGGUUUGGGCUAGGAUGCCAUAAUGUUCAAAUCUGAAGGAACUUCCGAAACGUACAACAAAACAAGCAACAGUUGAGGCAAAAAAGUCUAAUCAAUGUGCUGGUCACAGUGAUACGCUUUAAAAUUGAUUAUCUGUUAUCUACUCUCUGCGCUGCUAGGUCCCAUACCAAAACUUUAUGCAGAGUUGUGUCUAUGAUUUAUAAAUAUCUUUAAAAUAGGCCUUAAUCUUUUUGCUCUAACAGUUGGCGAUGUUGUGUUUAAAAUCAUAAUUGUAAAAUAAGAUUCUGUGCCCACUAGUUUGUAUUCCAGAUCAGCUUUAAUUGAAAUAAAACUUGAGCGUCUAUUUAGUUUUUCUGAUGUAUAGAAUUUAUUUUGUAUUUUAUAUUUAAGUCUUGUUAAUUUUUUUAAAUACCACUAGACUAGCUUUUUUUUUUCUCAAUUGGUUCUGGUUUAUGUAGAAUCUAUUUUAAACUUUUAUUUAUGAAAAAAAAAAUUGAUAUUUUGAAACGUUGAAUGGCUGUUAUUUAUUGCUCUUUGCUUUUGAAUCAUUGUCAAAAUAUUAUAUAUAAUUUAUUAUUGCAAUUUUAAAAAAAUUGCUUUUAACUAAAAGCAGUUGUAUUUGUUUAACUUUGUUAAUAUUUGGAAUAUUUUUUUUUAAUGACAAUCACGUAUUUAAUCCUACAUAAUUACUUGGCAGGUCAGCAUACAAUGUGAAUGCAAUAUAAAAAAGAACUUGUGAAGCAGUAGAUGAACAUUUUAAAACAUCUUUUUGACGUUUUAAAAAAAAAAGCCUUUUGUGAAUCAAGAUUCAAAAGCUUCAUGUGAAUCAGCCAAAGGUUUAUGAGACUGCAUGGCCUGAUCUAAGUGAAUCUUUAUGAAACUUCUAGAUAUAAGGUUUUAACCCACGACCUUUGGCAUUGCUGCUAAAUGAUUAACACUUUUACCAUCUCUUUGCAUUGGUGGAAUGCACUAAAUAUUCAUAAAAUAAUGACCUAUAUAUAAACCAAACUUUUCUCAAUAUUUUAUUUUUAAAAUUCUAGUUGCAUUGCUUUAUUCAUUAAAUUUAUUUUUUUUUGCCCUUGAUUAUCUUAUAAGAAUUAUCCAAGGAAGCUAUGACAAAGUUGUUACACCUUGCUGUAGUUUUAGACUUUGUUUUGACCCUACAUUAAUAUAUAAUGAUACAAAAAAUCAGUUCAUUUACAUUGUUGAAAAAGGCUAAACACAAACACAUGAUGUAUUAAUGGCCUUGCAUUGACUGAAAUGUGUAACACAUGUUGCCUGUGUUUUACAGGACUUGUUGACUGUUGGUGUAACUUGUUGGCCAAGGUCACCAUUACCAGUCUUUUUUUUUUUUUUUUUUUUGUUUAAAAAUUCCUGUCCUAUGUCCAUGUGUAAAAUUUUGUUUUGUUGUCUAAUGUAAUUCAUGUUAAAAUUUUAUUUGGAUACUGUGUUGACCUUAUGAUAAUCUGUGAAUGAAAUGUUGAUAUAGGAAGAUAAGAUGUAAAGAUAUUUCUUUUUGAUUAAAAUCCUUGUUUCACUUGUAUAA